GAUUCAAAAACGCUCCACACACAACUGCGAUCUAGUUUGCCAGCAUGUUUCGGGAAUUUGUUUUUUGUGUUUUGGUGUUCUGCGGCGUUCAGAUAUAUGAGGCAGGGGUAACUACAUGGACAGCUCCUGAUGCUUUAGGUACCCCAGAUGGCAAUAUACCAGUCCCAACUGCAAUAGCAGAAGGCGCCACUGCUGGGGCACCCCUCUUUACAGCCACAGCAACUGCUGACAACGCCCUUGGCCCCUAUAUUCUUGUUGAUGAUGCGGGUGGUAAAGGAACGAUAGAUGGAGGCACUGGCGUAGUGUCCUUGGCAACUGGCCAGACGCUGGAUUUUGAAGCGGCUCAAACUCUUAUAUUUAAAGUAAAGGCUACUGAUAGUGUAGACGGCGGUGUUGGAACAGCCACCAUUACCCUUACAAUUUCCGACGUCAAUGAAGCGCCAGCGUACGCAGAGGCACAGUUCACAGAGUGUGUUGAGGACAACUCUGGCGCUGACACGCUGGUAGGCACAUAUACAGCCACAGAUCCGGACGCAAGCGAUACUGUCACAUACUCCAUUGCCUCUGGAGACACCAACUCUGACUUCGUUUACGGGACAGAUGGUACACCAGCAAGACGCUUGAAAAAAGCACAAUGGCAACCUACACGUUGGUGCUUCAUGCCACUGACACCGGACCCCUAACCGGAACAGCAACGGUGACGUUGAGUGUCGAGUCAACAUGCAGCGGCGCGGAAGCCUUCGGUGCCAUGUUUGUGUCUGUGCUUAUGUCUGCGAUUGUUUCUUAUCUGAUAUAAUUAAGUGAGUUCUAAAGUUACCGAAGAGAAUCUCUGUCAACAAAGUUGAUAUUUCAGAUUAACAGAUAAAUGUGAAAAACUAACAAUCAUUAACAUAUUAUGAAAUAAAACAAACAUAACGACCACAAUCAACAUAACACAUAGGCCAAUAUUCCAUGAACAUUCUUAAAAUAAAAUCGAUGCUUAGUUGUUUUUUUAAUUUCCAGCUGUUAUUUUGUUGAAAUUUCUGCUUAAACCUUUAGCAAAUACCAUGGGUUAUGCCAAGACAUAUUUCCAAAUAAUAACUCUCUGAACUUACGAACCAAUGUUGACAUCAGCGAGGUUGCGAAACGCUCCAUGUACGUACCCGAGGUUGCUUCUCUUCAAAUGAAAUACCUUUAAGUCAUGGGUACAUUUGAUAAAUUAUAAACGUGUAGCCGAUAUGAAUCUUAUUCCCAUUGGUUUGAGAAAGUUAAGCAAAGUUGAGCAAACUCAAUAUACACACGGUAACACUUGUACAAAAUUGAAUCCAAUCACAAGGAACGCGCACCGAUGUCUUUGAGCCUACACGUACAAUCAACUUUUGACACCAACUGUAACCUUAAGUGCAACUACACGCAGUGUUUCGCAAACGAGGUGUUAUCUCUGUUUUAUCUGAAGUGAUGUGCUGUAUACCUUCAAUUCAUGCUUUUAUUAUUAUACCUUGAUAUAUAUUUCUGAUCUUUGUACAAUGACAGUUUUGUUUCUUACACAUAUGAUAAUUGUAUUUUGUUACAAAAUGUCAACUGUUUAAUCUAUUAUAAGAUCAUACGAUUCAGAGUUGUAAACAUAUUUUUUAAUAAAAACUUAGUUGCUUAGAUAGCCACCAUCCAAAAUAUGUGAUAUAAAAAAGACAAACAAGUUGAAUUCAACCGUUUGGUUUUGUACAACCGAUUAUGAGUUAUAUUACCCAUAUUUCUUCUAAUAAAGUGUGUAGUGUGUAUACCAAUUUCGGAUGCCAGUCAGAUUUACGGAGAUUGUCUCGAUUUGAAAACAUUCAAAUUACUUUUUCGAAAUACGUUAUGAUUUUUCAUGAAAUAGCCUAGGUAAAUCCAACAUGAAUUACUAACACAGUAACGACACUUGGAUUUCUUAGAGCAGGACUUUUACGUUUUGGUUACUCUCGAGACAAUUUCUUAUCUGACAAGCUACCGAUAGUGUGAUAAAAAUAAAUGAUA